UCCAGUGGCGUUUCAAGGUGAAUCCCAGAAGCUCUGUUGUGAGAAGCAGGGUUUUUCGCAACUCUGCAUUUACUGGGAAUUGAUUUGUUUAUUAUUGCGGUUGAACCUGUCGGUGCAGCGCGUUUGUCAGCUGUUAGUUUUGCAAUUGCUUUUUUGUGACAAGUGAAGGAUAAUUGCCAGCGCCAGACUUUGACAAGGAACUCGGAUCUCAGGCUUGAUCCGACUGAUGGAUGGUCAAAUGGCAGAAACUACAAAAGAAGAAGUAGAUGGUGGAAAUGAGGUUAAUGACCCAUCAGAAUGGGAUGAGGAUGCAACCAAGGGUUUGAAAAAUGGUGGAGAACAGAUGGAAAGUCCAGUCAAAGAGAAGAGCCUUGGAGUCUUGAAGUCAUUCAGAAGGAGUUUGAAAGGGUUCAGCCCUAAGACACAGAAAGACAAAAGCUUAGAGAACACAGACGACCAAAGCUCAAAUUCUCCAUUACAACCACCACAAUCUCCAAGUUUGAUCAGAGGAUCUCCCUCACAAUCUUUACUUCAGACUCCAAAGACAGAAAAAACUUCUCUUACCAGAACUAUGUCAGAUUCUGCAGUUGAAAUAACAGGUACACUGGCAAGGAGAGGGGCAUCGAUCCGGCAGAGCUUGGGUCUGGGUACUAAAAAAUACAAACAAGAACCACUUGAACCUGUCACAGAGGCCAUGACUUUAUCUGAAGAGCAGACUGAGGUCGUAGACACAGUGUUGGAGCUCAGUGACACAUAUACUCUGCCAGAGAUACCACCUAUGCCUUUGUCAGUAAUGGAGAUUAACAAACUGAUAGAGACAGAACAUUUAGAGGAGGCCUACGUGAAUCUACUGUCACUACGUCUGGAGCUUCAGCGGGAGCAUCAAGCUCUGGAUCAAGAAGACUAUCCCAUCGAACUUGUCAAUAAAGAGAAAGACCUCAGUCUGCUCUAUGGCACACUAAAGAACAAAAUGUCUGCCAUUGUACGCAACUCCAGUACUCUUCCCUCACACAAUAAAGAGCUGCUGGUGUAUGUGGCAUACAUUAUCCUGGAGGAAGAGAAGAGAUGGGGAGCGAUGCAGGGAUGGAGGGAAGCAUGGAAAGAUGCGGUACUAAACGGGGUUCGAGAUUCACUGAAGAAAGUUCCUCUGGACAGCCGCGAAAAGAAUGCUUCCUGGCUGGCAGUGCAUCUGGGGCUUCUGGGUAAAGCUGUGGUGGAGGAUUUGCAGAGAGUGAAGACUGAACUUCUGAGCUCAUAUCCAGCAGACUUUAAUGUGUUUGAAACCUAUGUGUCCUGCCACCAUGAAGCUGUAGGAGAGCAUCUAAAGAGACUUCUGGAAAAGGUGACAGAGCUGAAAGAUUACUACGCUCUUCUAGAUUUCAUUAUUCAUCGCUACCCCAGUGAGAAGUUAAUGGGAAGCAUCUCUCUGCGGCCUGAGCUGAAGGAAGAUCAGAGAGCACUGCCAGUGGACAAAGAUUUCCUUAAUCAGAUAAAAGACAAAUACUGUGCACGCUUACAGGCUGACAUGAAAACAUCACUCAACAGAAUUAUUGACUUGGAGAAUGAGGAAAUGUGGAAAGAAAAAAGAAAACCAAUGAUUAAUGAGGGAAUCUACUGCUCACACAUUGACAUGGACAUCUGGACGAAUAUUAAAGGGCAUGUACAAGGAUCCAGAAGAAUCGAUGUGAACCUUGAGCAGAAUGUUGUGUGUUCCUGUUUAGAGGAACUGAAGACCUUUCUAAAACGGUUUGAGUCAGCAUUUGUUGAGUGGAGCAGUCCUCUCUCUAGCUCCUCUCUUUGGGCAGAGUAUCACAUCAGCUACAUCAACAGCUUUAGUGCCCUGAAAGAGCACAUGGAGAGCUAUAAAAACACCUGCCCAAUUCAGCUGGAGUUGGUUCAAAAAGAAAUAGAUAGACUGACCACCAGUUUGAGUCAAGCUGUGAUGAAGAACUUCAAAACAGAUGUCAAGCCCUUCCUCAGGAGACAGAUGACAGGGAAAUGGUUUUCAUUUGAUGAAGACUUUUUACAGCUGAUCCACAAAACUGAGACUCUUUCUGAACAGAGCAAGUACAUGACCCCAAAACAUAAGCAGGCUUUUGUGAAUGAAGCUCACUUUUUUGUGGUGAAAGAAUAUGUAUCUCAGCUGAUGAAGAAUAACUACUCAUGCAAAAACAGGAAGAAUGAGACAGCGGCCACUAAGAUCACAAAUCAGUGGGAGAAACUGAAGGAGAUCUUCCAAGAUAUGAACUCCUCCUUAGACUGGCUCCAUCCAGUCGGGAACCAGCUGAGCAAUAUCAUUGGGUGCAAAAAAAGUGAUGUAAAACGUAACCUACAGCCAUUAGUUGAGAACUAUCCAGAUAUCAGGAAGGGUCAUCUCUCAGCUGUGCUGUACUUCCGAGGAAUUAUAAGAGGCAGGGAAAAGCAUGCUAUACUACAGAAGCUGGCAGAGCUGAAACAGAGAACAGGGAAUACUGGGAAUAGAGAGCAGGCUCUCUUUAGUGAGAUUCAAGCAGCGGUUAACACAGACUGCCUGGCUGGUACACCCUUCUCCUGUCUGUCCUUCAUUGGACCGGACAGCUAAUGCACUUCAUUUUAUUUGAAGUGGAAAUAAUCAUUGCACUGUUUGAAAGCGACCAUAUGUCUAAUGUAUGAGCAAUAAGGAAUGUUUUUGGGAAAUAGAUGAGGUAAAGAAGGGGCUACAAUGUUUUUAGUGUGUUGUGAUCAUAUGUAUGCCAUUUGUUAAUGUUAACUAAUUAGUAAAUAAUAAUAAAAUACCACUAGGCCUUAAAAAUUUGAUAUUUCUAGAUGCCACAUCCUAGUCAAGAAGCUUUCUCAAAAAUGCAUGCCAGUUUCAGGAAUCCUCUACAAACUACUAUAAGCUCACAUUCAAUGUUAAAUUGAUGUCUUUCUGAUUGUCUUCACUCUUUACUGCUGUAAGUAGUAAAUAAGUCAAAUAAGUUGUAAAUGUUGUGAACCCUAUCAAAGCAUCUUCUCUACACCACCAGUGGUCUCUAUAAACAACAAACAGCAGUGCACUUCCCAAUAUCUACAUGCAUUAUUAUUCUGAAUUACUGAUCAGUUUAGUAUUUCUUCCUAAACAUGUCUCUCUGUUUUUAACAAUUAUGAUUUGAAAACGUUCAUUUGGUUUUAAAUUGAUUUUCUAGAUCUCAAACUUGGACUGUUUUUUUUUUUUGGCCCUCUAGCGUAAAACAAUUAUUGCUAUUCAUAUCAGGUAAGGUAAACCGGUGAACACUAUUAAAUGGCUAGUAGGCUAUUUAUAUGCAAAUA